UAUUUUUAAUGGGUUUGAGGUCACAGAGAACAAAAUGAUAUUAGACCUGACGGUUAGGCUUUUCUAAUUUCAAUACUCAAGUGGACACUUAAAAAUUAUUUACACAUCAGAAUAUUAGAAACUUUGUGUCAAACUCUUCCAUGACUGAUUAAGAACAAGAUUACCCGUUUUCACGAUCGUUUGCCAGUUUGCAAUUACUACCCGGUCAGCAUUAUAAAACUGCGCGAGAUAACAUGAGAACACGUCGUCGAUUCUUCCAAGUCGUUGCCUUCGCAAAAUUUAAGUUUCGCUAUCAGCGAUUUCGAAAACCUGUUAAGGUUAUGCUCUCUGCUUUAAUCCUUUGGUCAAUCUGCUUUUAUGUCUUCCUGAAUAAGCCGGACUCAUCACUCACCACGCAUAACGCUGUCCAAGCCGCGGUAAAAAAGGAAGCAAUAAUGACUCCUGGAAACGUCACACCACGUUUCAUCGUUGCUACGGGUGCUCUAAAUAUUCACGUAUGGCGAGAGGUUUGUGGCUCAAGCAUCCAGAAUCUGCGUCAAAAUUUUCUUUUUCCGGAUUAUCCUGACGAAAUUUUCAUGAAGUUCAGUGUGGUUAAGUUUCAAAUUACAGACAAUACCAUCGAUUAUGGUCAACGGAUUUUUGGCUUUCUUCAUCCUCCUCAGAGCGACGAAUACAACUUCGCCAUAGCGUCUGAUGACGAGUCGGAGUUGUGGUUCAGUCCUAGUUAUGAUCCGGAACAGAAACGAUUGAUUGCGCGAGUUUAUAAAGAAGGAGUAAAUGCUUGGACCAAGAAGGAUCAACUUGAUAAAUAUCCUGAACAAAUCUCAGAACAUCUAAUGCUUUCUAGAGACAGAAAAUACUACAUAGAAGUUGUGCAUAAGCAAGGAAUUGCUCUUGGUUUUGUACAAGUUUAUUGGAAGCGUCGUCAUGAAACCGACUUUUACCUUGUCAGUUCGGAAUACUUGUCGUCCCAUACAAACGAUGUUACGGUCACCAAGGCAAAAGAUGUUUUGCACAGUUUGCUUUCGGAGAACUACCAUCAAGAUCUUGAGCUGAAAUCUGAAUCAAUAGAUCCUGAACGCCUGCAAUUUCUUUCCCUUCCUUUGAUCCCAAAAGAUAUUUAUCUUCCCUUGUGUGAUUUACAGUCUAACUAUUUGUCAAAUGGUAAAGUGUAUCAUUAUCAAGGUCGCAAAGCGGUUCAGUUAUCCAGUGUCUACCCUGCUGAUGAAAGUAGUAUGCUGACUAAUAGUGGAAAUUCGUGGAGUCGGCCUAACAAAAUUGCUGACAGGGACACAGUUCAAGCAGCCAUGGAGGAGAUAGUUAUGUCGUUAAAACGUAAAACCUCAAAAAAAUAUGUUCUAAAGAGAAUUCACAAGGUUUUAAACAUUCCAGAUCCAGUUCACGGCGUUCUUUACUCCGUGGAUCUUGAAAUCGGUUUACAAGACGCCAAUCAAUCAUUUCGUUUAUCGGAGCAUGUGUUUGGUAAGGAUGCCAACCCCAACUUCUGUUUUCCUCGAGGUAUGAACUGGAAUAAUAAAGCAAAGGUGUACUUUAUUCUUCCCGUCAAAGAACAAGGCAGAUGGGUGUAUCAUUUUAAUAACCAAAUCACUAUAGCCAGCUCUUUAACGGGCGACACGAGCUUCCAUGUUAUUGUCGUCGAUUUUGAAAGCGAAGAUAUUGACAUGACAAAGGCAUUUAACACGACUCUUCUUCGUAACAGACACACGAUUGUUCCAUUAAAAGGAAAGUUUUACAAGACAAUGGCUCUGAACAAAGCUGUUGAGCAUGUUCCAAGUGUACACGACAUUUUGUUUUUAUUUGAUCUUCAUAUCGACGUUCCCUUAGACAUAUUAGACAGCGCUCGUAAGAACACAAUAGAAGGACGUCUUGUUUACGCUCCCAUAGUUGGCCGGCUGCAUUGUGGCAGUACUUACGUGGAUCAUAAAGGUUACUGGGAAAUGAAUGGAUUCGGUUUAAUGAGCAUUUAUAAAUCAGACUGGGUACGGUUCAAAGGAAUGAACACCGAGGACUACAAGUACAAGUGGGGCGGAGAGGACUGGGACUUACUAGACCGUGUUAUUAAUGCUGAGCUAAAAGUCGUUCGAAUAAAGCAUGCGGGCCUAUAUCAUCAUUAUCAUACGAAACAAAAGUCUUGGAACUAACGACUCCAACACAGAAAAUUCCUUUACUCCUGUCGAGGACUGGUGUAGAUAUAUAUUGUUAACGAUCGACGUUCCGUUACCCGUUAUGAACGCACGCGGUCGAUCUGCUCGAACGGCUUGCCCGGCGGGAGCCAAGGAGACUGGGUCCAACACACGAAUUCGAGACUUGUUAGAGAUCUUUCCGGCGAAAAAAUGGCGAGAAGACCUUUUUCUUUUGUUCCGCAACUAGGAGGAGCACCGGUGCUUUCUCCAGCUGGUUGAUUUGCAUGUGUUCGUCAAUUCUAUAAUAUCUUGAACAAUAUUUCAGAAUUUCAAGAGAGAUAUCUGGAAUGUUUAUGUUUUAUAGUUUUCGGGCUAACAAACACAGAACUAAAGUUAUUCUCUCAUAGCAUGACUUGGUUUUGAUCUGCUCUUUGCCAUGAGAUAAAAUAAAUUUAAAGGUACCUGCAUUGAAUAUAUUUAAAAAAAGUUUAGUGCGAUGUCACCGCGAUAAUGUGAACUAAACGCAUGAACUACUUUUCCAGUGCAUAUUAUGUCAGGGUUAGUUUCCUUGCCAAUCAGCGACAAACAAAAAAAUUCAGUCACAUGUCGAGGACACAAUCGUUUUCACAACCUUGUUCUCCAAAAAGCGAGAAGA